GACCGUCACGUCCAGCAGAUCAAGAUGUAACUUCGUAUAGACAUCUUGUCUGUGGCUUGGGAGGUGGGAAUCUCAUAAUGCUCAAGAGCUUAAGCAACUGGUCUGUGGGUCUGUGAACAUUGAUGCCUGCUUGACUGGCUGAUGCCUGAGCAAUGUUUGGCAUUCAAUUUCUAAUCCCUCGACAACGACAAUGACCAACAAACACCUUAAAUGGGACAGAGUCUUGGACAUUGAGUUGUUGAUCUCUAUUAUCCUGUUUACAAGACAUCAUCUCGUUGAUUCAGCCUACCAACUGAGUAACUAACCAGCCAACCAACCCAGCACGUAUACAAACAUGUCUACUCAUCCUUCAUCCAUCUCUGGGGGAUGUCUUUGUGGCUCAGUCAGAUACAAGAUUGCGUUUCCUGACGCUGCAUCCUGGCCACCGAAUUCGGCGACUUGUCAGUGUACCAUGUGUCGAAAAUUCACCGGAGCUCUGAUAUCACAUGAUCUUAUGGUCCAUCCUUCUCAACUGGUUGAAGAUGUGACAAAGUCGCCGACUUACAAAGAGUAUCAAUCCAGCGAGUCGGCCAUUAGAUCAUUCUGUUCAGAAUGCGGAAGCGGUCUAACUUGGCGGAUUAAGGGGAUGGAUGACUUUAUUGUCAUCUUUCUUGGAACCGUGGAUGAAGAAUUCCUCAUUGGCACCAAAGUGAAUGGAACGGAAGAAACUACAGAAAUAGGUGUCAAGUUUCGGCGAGAGGGCGGGCUGUGGAAGGACUUGUGCAACCCUAACAUGGGUAGCUUGUUCUGGAACAAUGCCAUUCCCGGCGUGACUGACCACGAUAUGGGAGAAACCAAAUUUCUACAGUCAUUCCCCCAAGAGUAACAAUGGUGUGAUGGGGAACCUAAGCUUGAGAUGGCAUGGGCAAAAUAGAGCUGUUAAGAGUCAGUUUCCGCUUCUACAGGGUCAUGUACAGGGUAUCAGCUGAGUUUGCCGACAUUUUGUACAUCCUCGGGUUUCUGGAAUGAGACCGCCAGUACGACCUCUCUUUAUGAUCUC